GUGCAGAUUGAGAGCAAGAUCUUCUUCUGCGACGCAAAGACCAACACCAGGGGCCUGUACCUGAAAAUCUCUGAGAAGAAAGCCAACAGGGAGCGGUCUACGAUCAUUGUACCUGGCCAGUCGCUGCCCUGGUUCCGGGAGCUCUUCAACUACUACGCCAGCACCGAUGCAUCGAUGGCGACUGCCAAGGAGUACCCAGUGGAGAGCAAGGUCUUCCACUGGUCUCUUGGGUGCAACCCCUGGGGCCGCUAUCUGCGCAUCUCUGAGAACGGCGCCGGGCCCAAGGGGCGUAGCCAUAUAAUGGUGCCCUGCGGGGGAGCGAAUGCGGAGGGCUGGCUGCAGUUCCGAGACGCGCUGUCGCGCAUAGAAGCCUUCACCUCACAGACCGCGCCCGCUCAGGUGGGUGACUCACCAGAUCAGUCACCAUGA